CUGCGUUGUUGCAGAGUCACUCUGAGUCUGAGUGGUCGAGUGUAAACAAGAGACUAGCGAGGGAAAAAUCUAGAAUAUUGUGUAUGAUUUGUUGAUUUCUUCUAUUAUUUGUGAUUAUUGACCGUACAGACGUAAUAUCUAGAUCGCGUUAUGCCCGUCAUCGGGCGGUUUAAAGCGAGUUUUCUCACAUAUAUCGUCUCUAUACACUGGCUGGCUAACGUUAGCCUGUUAGCUUUGUGAACACAGACCCUCAUAACAGGAGAAACAAACUCCUGUAUGUCCGGGGUUUACACGGAUUUGGGUCCUUUGGCCUUUUAAGGCUGUCUAACAUAAUGGCUGCUGUGGAGAAAGUAGGAAAGGAGUGUGAGGAAGAGACACUUCAGACCGCUUUUAAGAAACUGCGUGUGGAUGCUGAAAGUUCCACAACCGCAGUCCGCGUCUCUGAGUCUUUGGCUUCCAGAUUGGUUGCUCGGAGCACCCCGGAAGGAGCCAAAUCCAAGAUGAGCUCCACGAAAGAUAACUGGCUUGGAUGCACAAGAAAGUCAUCCAGAGGAGUUGUGAGAAGCCAGCGACGGCGACGAUCAAAAUCGCCAAUCCUUCAUCCUCCGAAGUUCACCUACUGCAGCAAAAUGUCUCCCCCUCCUGGACAGCUCAAACACAAGACCCCGCCAGAGCCCGACGACACCGGCGCUGUCAAGAACGAAGUAGCAUUCUCAUCUCCGUGCUCCACUGUAUUCGGUGUCGUCGGCUAUGAAACCCACCUCCCUUCUCCAAAGGGUCAGGAAUCGCCCCUCAGUCCCAGAAUGCCCUCGGAUGACGAGAGCGCUCCCGAAAACAGGCCCGCUUUAGGAUGUGGGCCGGGAUCUCAGGAGGCGGGCAAAGGUAAUGCUGUUCCAUCUGACUUUCAAACUCUGUCCAAGUUGCAGGAGGCCGGUCAGUGCCCGUGUGGGCAGCAGGAAUGCCGGUGUCCCGGUUGGCAGGGGGUCGAGGUGUACUCAUUCACCGGCCUUCGAGAUGUGAUCUCCGAAUGUGAGCGGAAGCUUCCCAGCCCGCAGGACAGUUCGCCUAACAGCAGAACUUCCACUGGGAUGUCCAGCUCCCCUCGCUCUUGUUCCGAACAGGCCCGCGCCUACGUGGAUGACAUCACGAUAGAGGACCUUUCCGGAUACAUGGAAUAUUACCUUUACAUCCCCAAGAUGUCGCACAUGACUGAGAUGAUGUACACCUGAAAAUUACCUUUAAUGAAGCAAAUUGAAGCAGUGCGAAAGAUGGAUAUUGGGUACAUUUAAAAAAAAAAAAAAAAAAAA